AAUUGCUCCAAUGGGUGAACACUCCAAUAUGGAGUCAUUGGUUUGUGUUGUGAAACAGCUGGUAGAUUGCCCCACUCUGGGGCCAUCCCAUUCCUACCCUAGGGGGCAGGACCAUUCUUAGCCCCACCCCAUGGAGGGGGCUAACGGCAGUAGUGACUUCUUGGAGUCCAUUCUGUGUCCAGAUUUGGUCUAACUUUUGCAAUAAACUAAAUUUUUGGGCCCCAACAUUUUGCUCCCUUAGUCUGAUGUCAGAGGGGAACUUGGAGAAAAGUUUGAGGUUUAUCAGAGUUAGAAAAAAACAGAAUUUCUUUAGGAGACUCGUAACUCAGUUUGGCUUAAAGGUUUUGGACCAGAUUCUGGGCUGCUGUAAAUUGGCAUAGCUCUAUUCAUUUACAUGCAGCUACAGUGAUUUGCAACAGAUUGAGGAUCUGGCCCUAAAUUUCUAAUCUCUGUUGGUUAAACUGCCUGAGAUCCAGGAAGGUACAGACUCCAAUGGUGCAGUAUUUAACUCAGAUACUAUGCUGUGCUGUAAUUCACUGAAUAUCAUGUAUAAUUCUGCACCCUAACUAGAAAUACAGCAAAGUAGAAGAACAUAUAUAGAUGUAUGGUGUGUUUUCACAUAUAAUUGUGUCGAAAUAUAUUCAUUUAAAAAAAACUAAGGAAAUUCCCAGACAAAAUGCUUUGUUAAGAUGCCAGUAAGGUUUUAAUAACAUAUUCAAAUUUGUCAUUUAAAAUUUUGUUAGAGUCUUAUUGUUAUAAAGAAUAAUUUGAAAGCCAGGAAAUUGUAAGUUAAGAUUCAAUUUACAAAAAAAGAAAAGAAAGAAAGAAACUGUGGAAAUUCAGAGUUAAGGUUCCAUAAAUAACCUUAACUCUGUCCCUGAACAACCUUCUGUAUCCCUGAGACAUUUUUCCAAUGGCCCUUUCCAUACAUUUCCUAUAUGAGCUACAUGCCUCUUCUAUAGAGACCCCUUUCUGUCUUAUGAUAUGCAAACUGCAUUAUCGCUGCAUUGAAACAACAUACCCAGCUACAAUCCCUCCUCAAAUCCACACUCCUGGACUGUGUCAGGCAGAGCACCUGCCUCCUACCCAUUUGAUACAGAGUAAAGAUCUCUCCUUCCCACCCACAAAUACCCACUGGAGCAAGACAGGACAACACUCACAUCACACUUUCUAUAUAUGGUCCCCAGACACAUUACCUGUUCCAGAGAGGACUCGUUCAGGUGUUCAGAUACCAUGGGGGUGGGAGUAGUGAUGGAUAGAUGGAAGGAUGGAUAUAUACAUCUAAGGUGGGAUGGAUGGAUGAGUGUGCAUAAGGAUAGAUAGAUAGAUAGAUAGAUAGAUAGAUAGAUAGAUAGAUAGAUAGAUAGAUAGAUAGAUAGAUAGAUAGAUAGAUAGCAGGGUGUAACUAGCUAGCUAGCUAGAUUUGACAAACUUUUGAAAAUGACUUGAAGCACUUGGCACAGGCACCAGUCUAUGACAUGUGGUUAGUGCAUUUAAGAGUGGGAAAUGGGGCAGAGUUAGGGUGUUUGAGAAAAUUUAGCUUUGAAUUUCUAGACUGUAAUGCCUUUGCAUUGUCAUGAAUUUCCCCUUGGCUUUGUCUUUACUGCUUUUUUAAAUACAAUGGCCCCUGUUUUAAGAAGGUUUCUAGCAGAGGGAAUUGAUCUGCUUUACAGACCUGGUUGUAUUUUAAUGAAGUUCCUUUUGUUGGGGAGUAACACAGCCACUCCUGUAGCUGACACCUAUGAUGGGGCUCUCCAUUGCAUUGUGUGUCUGGAGGAGGUCGACCUGCACUCACUUGUGCCAUAGGAAUAGCAGUAUCCCGGGGGUGGGAGUAGGUACUAGCAGAUGCCAGAGUGCCAGGUGUGCUUGAUGCCAGGUUCAUACAGUCCCCUCUGCAUCAGAAGCGGCUCCCAUGCGUCAGUUACUGCUGAUAGAAAUUUAUAUAUUCCGCUGGCUCGGGGCCUAGAGCAGCCAAUUUUAGUUUCCUGUGACUGAGAGGUUGUAAAUUGGACUAAUUUAGGAUUUGAUAGAAAACUGAAAUGAGGUUGCCGAGUAUGGAAGCGAAGGCAGCGGCUGGGAAAGGCCCAUCUCUGCUUCAUAGCAGGCAGCACAGGGGCCGCCCUUGGGGACUCGUCACCCAGAUGGCGUUGCUCCUUCCGAAUCAUGUUUGCCAAGGAACCCAAAAAUAUACGCCAAGCCAGAGGCAAUGCCAGCUGGGUGACACCUCUCCAGGGCACCUGGGGCUUUGAGGUGGACUCUCUGCUUAUUCAGGACUUUACUUUUUCUCUUUCCCUUUACUCUUUCUUGAUCUCUCUCUUUCUCGAUCUUUCUUUUUUCUCUCCCUCUCUCCUUUCUGCUCUCUGCGUGAUGCACGAAGGCACAGCUUCACCAUUGUGUUUCAGCCAUAAUUACAGCCCAAACCCACAUGGAAAGUAGACAAGGUUUUCCUGCUGCUGCCACGGUGAAAGCGAUUCCCCCAGGGCCCGGCUGGUAUGUGCCACGGAGGUGGCAUCUGCUGCCACCGUGGCUGGGCUGUUCUUCCUUUGUACCCUUGGGAACCAUGCAGGGUCUUAGGUUUGAAAUGACCAUCAGGGUGGAUGGUGAAUACCCUGGCCUCAGCCCAGCCGGCUGCUACAGGGACGUCUCAGACGAAGGCAUGUCCUCAUGGCAGCAGCAGAGCUGGGGGACAAAGAGUUUCGAGGACUCCACCAUGUCCACAGCCACUACCCUUGAGUAUAUCCCCACCUCAGCAGGAGACCCGAAAUGCCAGCGUCCCCGCACGCUGAUGCGCCAGCAGAGCCUCCAGCAGCCGCUUAGCCAGCACCAGAAAAGCAACCACAGCCAGCCCACCACCAGCCAGAGCCUGGGGCACCUACAGUCUCACACCAGCUCCUCUUCCAGCGGCGGCAACCCCCGGGGCCGGAGUGGCCAGUCACGGCAAGGGGUCUCGGCUGGCUCCAAGCACCGGACGGCUGGCGGCCGGAGCCGCUCCAACCCCGGGAGCUGGGACCACGUGGUGGGGCAGAUUCGCAACCGAGGCUUGGACGUGAAGUCCUUCCUGGAAGGCCGGAUGGUGGUGUUAUCCCUGGUUCUGGGACUCUCGGAACAGGACGACUUUGCCAAUAUACCCGAUCUGCAAACCGCUGGGAACCAGCAGGCGCAGAACUCUCAGGGGGACAAGAGGUUGCCGUCUGGAGGCAAGAUGGGGAACACAGCCCCUAUGCCCGGGCAGACCCAGCAUGACGAGUCUGACCGCAAAACGGAGCCUCGCUCGUCUGUCUCGGACCUGGUGAACUCCCUGACCAGUGAGAUGCUAAUGCUCUCCCCAGGCUCUGAGGAUGACGAGGGACAUGACAGCUCCAGCAGGGAGAACCUCGGCCGAAUCCAAUUCAGCGUCGGCUACAACUUCCAGGAAUCCACUCUGACUGUCAAGAUCAUGAAGGCUCAAGAGCUGCCAGCCAAGGACUUCAGCGGCACCAGUGACCCUUUCGUCAAGAUCUACCUGCUGCCUGAUAAAAAGAACAAGCUGGAGACCAAAGUGAAGAGGAAGAACUUGAACCCGCACUGGAACGAGACCUUCCUCUUCGAAGGUUUCCCAUACGAGAAGGUGGUGCAGCGGGUGCUGUAUCUCCAGGUUCUGGACUAUGACCGCUUCAGUCGCAAUGACCCCAUCGGAGAGGUGUCCAUUCCACUCAACAAGUUGGACCUGACCCAGAUGCAGACAUUCUGGAAGGAGCUGAAACCCUGCAGUGAUGGGAGCGGAAGUCGGGGAGAACUCCUCCUGUCCCUUUGCUACAACCCUUCUGGUAACUCCAUCGUUGUGAAUAUCAUCAAAGCACGGAAUCUGAAAGCCAUGGACAUCGGGGGGACGUCAGACCCUUACGUCAAGGUGUGGCUGAUGUACAAGGACAAGAGGGUGGAGAAGAAGAAGACGGUGGUAAUGAAGCGGUGCCUGAACCCAGUCUUCAAUGAGUCCUUCAUCUUUGACAUCCCCACCGAGAAGCUGCGAGAGACGACAAUCAUCAUCACCGUCAUGGAUAAGGACAGGCUGAGCCGGAACGACGUCAUUGGCAAGAUUUACCUGUCCUGGAAGAGUGGCCCCGGCGAGGUGAAGCACUGGAAGGAUAUGAUCGCCCAUCCCCGGCAGGCCGUGGCACAGUGGCACCAGCUGAAGGCCUGAGCGGCAGCGGCUGAGAAUUCUGUCUGGCUUUCACCGCUCCGAGUCGACGUUUCUUGGCCAUGCUCUCACUACUUUAUGCACAACAGAGGCACCUGGGGAUCCCCCUAGGGGACGAGCUCGGGGCUGACAAGGAGCUGAGGGUCUGAAGUUGGCGACGUUUCCAAACUCUGGGAAGCAGCGUUGGCCGCCCGCUGUGUCCAUGGGGCGCCCGGCACCAACAGGAGCACCUUUAGUGCCCAACUUCCUGCUUUAGCCUUUCCUCCUGACUUGUUACGCCGAGAGAGAGAGACGCCAGCCUGCUAGGUGGGAAGGAGCCUCGGCACUGGUUUGUUUUGCCCUGGAGGGUGGGGAAGUGGUGUUGGCGCGACUGGCUCCAUGAGGUGGUGAAAGGAGGAGACGCCUCCGCCACACGAGACUUCCUACGAGUUCUUCCAGCCCAAGGCCUGUUGGGAGUGCUCCCCCGAGGAAGCCAGCAUCUCCUAGGGGGCGCGUGGGCCUAGGAGACGGGGCUGGCAAGGGGGACGUGCCCUCGGUCUCCUUGAGGUCAUUUAUUUUUAAUUCAAUAAAACUUGUAAGAGUAAUAAGAAUAAUAUAAGUAAUAGCGGCUAGAAUCCUGUCCCGGUCAGGACUGGGGGAAGCCGCGCCACUCCAACAGCCUCCUGUGCGUUUGCUGUGUGUGUGUAUAAGCGUGUUGUAAGUGUCACAUGUUUGCGUGCGGGCUGCUCACGUCUCGCUCGCUCUCUCUCUCUCUGCCCUGCCUGGGAGCAACCCCUGAUCCCACAGGACAGUGGUGGUUCCAGUGCGGGAUGUGGUUUUUUUUAAUUGGCUGGUGCAUGGGGUUUGAAGGAACUGAUGCCACAUGGGGAGUGGGGCCAGUCUCUGCUGCCAGUCCAUGCUGGAUAGGGAGGGAGGCGGAAGGAGCUGCCCACCAGGCAGGGUCUCCCCUCAUGACCAUUCUGUGGUAUAUGGGAUUGGAAGCCAUAACAGAUGGAUCGGUAGCCAAACUGGGCUCGGCUUUAGGGCUAAUGAGAGCUUGACUGUAGUCACCUCCCUCUGGCUGGUGAUUGCCUCGUCCUGCUUGAACUGAGAGAAUGUCCCAAACCAGCUCCCAAACACUGCCACACUCUCAGGCAUAUGGACCCCGAAACAGCCCACCCCUCCAGCACCCAUCCCCCAACCUCACCCGAGACACCCCACACCCUCACCAUACACAGCCCACCCCUCCAGCACUCAUCCCCCAACCUCACCCGAGACACCCCACACCCUCACCAUACACAGCCCACCUCUCCAGCACCCAUCCCCCAACCUGACCUAGGCCUCAGAGGUGCUGUCUGUGAAGGUCUCCCACUUGCUAUCUGUCUCCUCCUAGCUGUGGGGCUGGAUAUGGCCCCCCCUUCUCCUCAAUCCAGUAGUGAUGCGGCCCCAUGAUGGGAUCUCCUGGGUGGUCUGAGGUAGCAGGCGGCUAUUUCAUGGUGGCCCAUUUGAGCCCAUUCUGGGUGCCUCACUGGGCCAUGUCGGCUGCAGUGGCUGACUGGGCCCAGGCGGUGCUCUUUUCCCCACCCCCGCAGUUCUGGGCAUUGCUGCUCAUUUCCGGGCAGCGCGACACUGGGGCAAAGGGUCUGCACCUCGCCCACGAAUGGGCACAAAAUAACUAAUGUCACCCAGAAGCCCUUGAGAAGCCUGCUAGGUGGCCAAGAAAGCCAUGGGAAUGCUGCGGACACAUCCCACCCAUGCCAGCCACCCACCAUUCCCCGCAAGCAGGAGGCCAGACUGGCAUAGCUGUGAGCGCGCCGGUGCUGCUGCUACACCACUGCCUACACCGUCCCCUGAGGGGAGCGGCUGGCAUUGGCCUAGCCAGGAGCACCCCAUGGCCAGCACUCCCCAUAUGGCCCUGCCUGCUGCCCAGCACGUGACUCAGCCCGAGGGCUCUGACCUGCCCCAGUCCCUCCCCUGCCCCUUUAAAGGGACUGUUCCUCUCCAUUCCCGUCGGGCCUGAGCCUGGGGGGUGGUCGUGCUGAAUUAAGCAUCUGCUUCACUCAGCCAGCAAGGGACCCUGCUAGAGAGCUAGCUGGAAACUGCCCAUCUGGUCUGCAAGCCAGGGCUGGUGCUGUGCAAAGGGACUAAGAGCCGCUGAACAGGCACUUACACUCAGGCAAGGGCAAGAAGCCCUCAUUUAAUUCCCGCAGCCCUUUUAAUCGGCACUGGCACAGGGAGGGGAGCCCAAGCCAUGGGCCUGGAGAGAGCAAACCAUAGGCCCUGCACAGCUGCAAAGCCCCCACCAGGGGGCACUGUAGGGCCAUAGGCAGAGCGGUGCUGGGGUUCUGGCUCCGGCUGAGCACCCUUGGAGUUACUGCCCAGGGGGCUGGCCAGGGAGCCCCGCAGAGACUAGGCGCUUCCAGAGUUGCCCCUCCCCGAUCAGCGCAUGGGACUGGUCCCUGAUUUCCCCGCUGGCAGAAACACAGCGCUCCUGCCCUGAACUAGUCUCAAGGCAGGAGACUGGUACGUGCCAGCCAGCUCUCUCAAAUCCCUGGGCCAGUACAUCUGCCCCCUUGCUAUGCAUGGCCCUCUGGGACCCUCUUUCCAUGGCACCAUGGCUGCUCCCCUGCUGAGGCCUGGGCUCCUUACCAUUGUUCUGCAGCCCCACGUCGCUGCCUCCCCCCCCCCAGCCAUUCCUCUCACUGGGGCCUCAUACAAUGGUUCACCGUCUCCACACAGCCCCCUGCCCCCCCAAAAAAAGUAUCUCCCCCCCAAGCUCCUGUCAUCAGUUCACUAUUCCCAGCCCCCCUCUGCCACCCCCCACACACACCUUGCUCUGCCCACCAAGGGUGUGCCUGAGGCAGCUGGGUGGUGGAAUGGGUGCUGAGGCCAUUGGGUGGGAGGGUGGCUGCUGGGUAGGGCGAGUGGGGUAGAUGCAAGGGUGCUGUGGAUGAUAGAUGGGAGGGUGGAGGUCCUUGGGAUGGGUGCCAAGACUGCUAGAUGGGGGUUAGGGGUUAAGGGGUGCAGACCGGAUAGAGGGAGAGGGUGUCAGGGAUGGGUCCUGGGACUGAUAGGUGCCUGGGGAUGCUGGAGGGGCAGCUGGGUGGAUGAUUGAGUUAGGUACUGAGACUACUGGGUAGGCUGGUGCCUGGGGUGGCUACUGGGUGGGUGAAUGGCAUGAUAGGGUGGGUGCUGGGGUGUCUUGGUGCUAAGUGGAUGUUUAGGUAUCAGGGCGGGUACUAGGGCACCUAGGUGGGGGGAAUGUGAGGGGGGGGUUCAGGGGUGCAACCAGGUAUCAGGGGCACUCCCCUAGACCAAGGGAGCUCUGCAUUUAGUGGUGUCCAGGCUGCCUUGCUGCACUCUUGCCCGUCUGGGUAGUGGAGUCACUUGGCACGUUGCCCUGGGUGACGACAGCAUCUGUUCAGUUUCCCUUGUGUUGUUCUAGAACCCUCAGCGCUGGGGUGGGGAGCAGGGAACACUGUGUCCAUUGUUGGGUGAGAUCAUUAACGCCUACCUACCCGGCCAGCUGCAGCUCAUUAGCGGUCCUCACUUGGUCUGUGCACACGCUGUCCUCGCUUGACAUUGUCCGUCUCACUGGUCUUGCUCUAAUCAACCCUAGUGAUGGACAAAGGUCAGGUAUUACCAUGUUCCUUGUAGAUCUGCCAGCAGCCUUUGGAGCUGAGGACCUUGAGGGCUGGUUGACACUAUUGAAGAGCAUAGCUAGGGCUGAUGAGAUGGCUCUUGCAUCGGUCUGCUCGAGGCAGGUGGUGUUGGGCAAUUGCUUUACUGACCCAAGGGCAUGUUCAUGUGUGGCACAUUGCAGUUCCAUUAGGUCCUAUUCAGUUUGUGUGUGAGGCCACCAGGGGCAGAGGAGACUGAGACAUUACAGGCCACAGCAGUGUCAUCGUUAUGUCAGUGGCAGGUGGCACAAUGAUGCUGGUAGGUUGGGUCCUAGCUAGAGUGUAUGGCAGGGGGUUAUUGAAAAGUUGUUCCCACCCUUUAUCAGUGCCGGUCCAAUUUGGAGGUACUGUCAGAACUCCAGCCUCCCCCACAAUCUCAGGCAUCACUGGCAGCUUUUAUUCUUCUGCCUCUAGUCAGACAAUUGUGACCAUCUCAUUUGGACCUUGAGUGUUAUUCAGGCAUUGAUGGCCUCCAGACUGGAUUGCUGCAGUGCACUCUACAUUAGCAGUCCCUUGGAGAUCAUCUGGGUUGUAGCCCUGGUGCAAAACCUGGUAAUGAGCUGUGUCAGGCACAGUGAAAAUGUUACACCUGUUCUUCCAGAGGCUACAGAGGCUAUAAAUCCCAGUGUGGGUUAGGUCCUCGCUACCUGUGUGACCACCUCCUAGGGUGCCACUUUGAUAAUUGAUGUCACUCUCAGUCUUAGGUCAUUCAUGAUCUUAAGUGUUUUAAAAUGUUAUUGGGGCAGUCUUGGGGCAGGUUCUCAAAGCACUCAUUCACUUCUGCUUCCAUCCAGGCAAGACAGCCCAAGGCUCUUAACCUUGUGGGCAUGAUGUAAGGACCACCUACUCUCUCAGGCCUUCCGAGUGAGGUGACUGAUAGGCUCUGUACAGUAGUUAGCCUAUUUUUUAGGGCAUAAGAGUCUUUUUAUUUGGUUUACAUAGUCAUUGUGUUAUGGUGUUUUUUCUACAUGAUGUGCAGGUGCCUAGAAACAUUUGUGAUAGGCACAUUUUUAUAAAAUUAACAAUAAACCAUGACGGGAGGAUGGAGGAAGGCCUACAGGUGAUGGGGGAAGGGUUAGGAUCUCCUAGGAAGGGUUGGGUGGACUUUCGGUUCUUUCUUGUCCCCCCAUUUUGUGGCAUCACUUCUUCUCAGCUGAGCCAGUUCUUCAAUGAUGAGGAAGUGCUGUUAGAUUUAUUUAUUGGUCUGUGGGGGCAGGGACCGUGGGGAAGAAACGACCACUUAAAAACGCAGAGAGAGCGAGAGAGGCGGCGAGACGGCAUUUAGCGAUCUGCACUCAUUAGGUGAAAUAGUUACCAAUUUACUACAGAAAUAAAAACCAAACUUGUAUUGAG